AUGUCUGAUAAUGAAGAGAUUGCGCAUGCCAUUGCUGGUGCCGGUGGUGGUGCUUUAUCAAUGAUUGUUACCUAUCCCUUGGUGACAUUGUCCACCUUGGCACAGACUCAAGCUAGAAAGAAGGAGGAAAAGAUUAGCAAUUCGCCUGAGCUAGAGGCGAAACUCGAAAAACUCAAGAGUGAACCUGCUUUGAAACGGUUUACAUAUGCUGUGAAGAAUAGUAACUCUGUGCUUGCUGCCAAGGAAAUUAUUAAUGAGAAGGGUGUAUUUGGUUUGUACUCUGGGUUGGAGAGUGCCCUUUAUGGUAUAAUAUUGACUAAUUUCAUCUACUACUAUUUCUACGAAUUGACAUCGAAUGUUUUUUUGAAGGCAAAUAGGACUGCUGGGAAGAAAAGGGCCGGUCUUUCGACAAUUCAGUCAAUUAUAACUGGUGCGAUUGCUGGUGCUGUGACUUGUGUUGGUUCUAAUCCAUUUUGGGUUGCCAACACGCGGAUGAUGACUGAAAAGAAGAAGAAGCAACAAGGUGAAGAGGAUGUUUCCAACUCGACUUUCAAGACUCUUUUGAGCAUUAUUGAGAAUGAUGGAGUGGGAACUUUGUUUGCCGGCGUAUUGCCAGCCUUGGUUUUAGUGGUCAACCCCAUCAUUCAGUACACCAUAUUUGAGCAGAUCAAAAAUGCGAUUAUUGCCAAGAAUGGUGUCAAGUCAUUUACUGCAAUCAAGGCCUUUUUUAUUGGCGCUUUUGGUAAGUUGAUUGCAACGUCCUUGACGUACCCAUACAUCACCUUGAAGUCGAGAAUGCACAUUAAAAAGAAGGUUUUAAGAGAAAAGCACUUGACGGAGGAGAAAGAGCCACAAUUGUCAAUGUAUCAAGAGAUUAAAAAGAUUGUCCAUGAGGAAGGUCUUGAAGGGUUGUAUGGUGGUUUAGCUGUUAAGUUGAGUCAAAGUAUACUCACUGCGGCAUUCUUGUUUUAUUUCAAGGAAGAGUUGUUGGUUGGUAGUGUGAAACUUGUGGAGAUCUUUAGACUUUUGAAAGUGAAGAAGCAGGUUUCAGCUUAA